GGGGCGGACGGCAAGAUGGCGGCGGUGGCAGAGGCACCCUCUGGGCCCGGCACACCCGCGGCCUGCGGCAGCGAUUCUGCAAUGGCCGAUGUAGCUGUUAACGUGGAUUCAGAGUCUUCUGGUUGUAAAGAUAUUGAGGUCUCCGCUGACAGCACUGAAGCCACCGAUGCCCAGCAGGCAGGGGCAAUGGAGGAGGAAUCUGUGCGGCACCUUGGUGGAGUGGAGCUUCAGUGUGGCAUCUGUGUGAAAUGGUUUUCAGCAGACACAUUUGGCCUUGAUACAACCUCGUGUCUUCCGUUCAUGACGAACUAUAUUUUCCACUGCAACCUGUGCCACCACAGUGGGAAUACGUACUUCCUCCGAAAACAAGCAAAUUUGAAGGAAAUGUGCCUCACGGGUCUCGCUAAUUUGACCUGGCGUUCCCGAACUCAGGACGAGCAUCCUAAGACCAUGUUUUUAAAGGAUAAGGAUAUCAUACCUUUUAUCGACAAGUACUGGGAGUGUUUGACCACCCGACAAAGACCUAGCAAAAUCACUUGGCCAAACAACAUCGUGAAGACAAUGACCAAAGAACGGGAUGUGUUUCUAGUGAAGGAGAACCCGGAUCCUGGCAGCAAAGAUUCACAGGAAGAUUACCCAAAGUUUGGACUGCUAGACCAGGAUCUUUCUAAUAUUGGCCCAGCAUAUGACACGCAGAAGCAAGGUGGUUCCUUAACUCCAGGAAGCACCCUCAAUGGUGGACCUUCAUUUGCAGGGCAACUCAGCGGUGCGGCGGGCAGUGACGGGACUGGGGGUCGCACCCGUGACUCCACACAAGGUGGUGCUGUUGGAGGGAGUGGCAAAGGACGAGGAGCAAAACGUAAACAGGAUGGGACUUCAGGAGGGGCUGCCAAACGGACCCGCAGUGACCCGCUGUUUGCUGCCCAACGACUGCCCCCACACGGCUAUCCCUUGGAACAUCCGUUCAAUAAGGAUGGAUAUCGCUAUAUUUUGGCUGAGCCUGACCCCCAUGCUCCAGACCCGGAGAAACUUGAACUGGACUGCUGGGCUGGUAAACCCAUUCCUGGGGAUCUCUACAGGGCUUGCCUCUAUGAGAAGGUCCUCUUGGCACUCCACGAUCGAGCCCCUCAGUUGAAGAUCUCGGACGACAGGUUGACCGUGACAGGAGAGAAAGGUUACUCCAUGGUGCGAGCAUCGCACGGAAUCCGGAAAGGCAGCUGGUACUUCGAGAUCACAGUGGAUGAGAUGCCUGCAGAGACGGCAGCUAGACUUGGCUGGUCGCAGCCUUUAGGCAAUCUCCAGGCUCCUUUGGGCUACGAUAAGUUCAGUUACUCUUGGCGCAGUAAGAAGGGGACCAAGUUCCACCAGUCAAUAGGCAGACACUUUUCUGAAGGCUACGGCCAAGGAGAUGUUCUUGGGUUUUACCUUUACCUGCCCGAGGACACGGAGGCUGCCCGGGCACUGCCGGACACUUACAAAGACAAGGCUCUGAUUAAAUUCAAGAGCUACUUGUACUUUGAGGAGAAAGAUUUUGUGGACAAAGCCGAGAAGAGUCUCAAACCAGCAGCAGGUAGUAAGAUGAUAUUUUACAAGAAUGGGGAGAUUGAGGGGACCGCCUUUGAAGAGGUGUAUGCGGGUGUAUAUCAUCCUGCAAUUUCUUUGUACAAGAACUGCACAGUAUCAAUCAACUUUGGACCGAAUUUCAAGUAUCCUCCCAAAGACAUUCCAUUCAAACCAAUCAGUGACAUGGGCUGGUAUGCUGUGGUUGAGCACACACUGGCGGAUAUACUUUACCACGCUGAAGGCGAGGUAGAUGGCAGAAGAAGCCCUCCAUGGGAGCCAUAACUCUCGUGUGGAGAAGGAAAAUCCUCAGACUUAAGAAUUAUUUAAUGAUGUGCUGCUCAGCUGGUGAAUAGAAGUGGCUCAUCAGCUACGAGCUAUCGUAUUUGGAUCGUACAUCAAUGGUAAAAUUCAGAACAGUUUCAGUGUGCGUGGAUUUAGCUGAGCUGGUCCCAGUGUUAACAUUUACCAUCCUCCCUGAUGUCAAUGCUCUCCAGACAUAUGUAAGUUGUAAGGUCUACAGUUAUCAAUUCCAUACCUGUUGAUAAGCUCCUUACCCCCCUCAAUAACCCAGUGCAUCAUCUGCUUACCCGGUUGCUUCCUUACGAUGCAUUUAUUUUACAUUGAGAUGGAAUCUCCCACUAAGUAACAAAGAAAUGGUGGCAUAUCCUCAAGUUCAAUGAGUCCUACGUUUGUGUAUUUUGGUUCAACAACGUUGCUAUUUAACCUGCAGAAGCUGCUGCUUCAUAGGAUCCUAGCCAUCAACUGCAAAGCUUUAGUUCAGUACCGACCCAAAGUAAAGAAAUGAAGAAAGGUCACACAAUAUUUAGUGAGAUUGGAUCCCAUGGUGCAGAACGUAGCCUUGCCCUAUGAGUUAUAAAAAAGGGCAGAACGGUGGUGCAGCGGUAGAGGUUCUGCCUUACAGCGCCAGUGACCCGGAUUCGAUCAUGACAACUGGCGCUGUCUAUACCGAGUUUGUACGUUCUUCCCGUGACCUGCAUGGGUUUUCUCCUAGAUCUUCGGUUCCCUCCCACAUGCCAAAGACGUACAGGUUUGUAGGUUAAUUGGCUUGGUAUCAAUGUGAAAUUGUCCCUAUUGUGUGUAGGGUAGCGUUAAUGUGCGGGGAUCGCUGGUCGGUGUGGACUUGAUGGGCCGAAUGGCCUGUUUCCAUGCUGUGUCUCAAAACUAAAUGUCCAGGAACUGCAGGAAUAAUGGGUUCACGGAGAGAUAGCCUCGCUAAAAUUUGUACACAAAAAUGUAGCCUGGUAUGUCAUUAAUCUGUAAUGAUAAAAUUGAUCUUUAUAUAUUUGGGCUUUGAGGUUAUAGCACAAGGUUUCUCAAUUUUGGCAGUUAGCUUUGUUCACUUUGGCCUCACUGUCCGAUUAUUUAAAAAAAUGCCAACAAUUUCUACUUUCAGUCAUUGAUUCAUAGAUUGAACUUUAGUUUUGCCUCUUUCCAGUAAUAUUUUCAGCUUCUAAUAUCACAACUUCCCCCCCAACUUCAACCUAAAUUUAUGCUCCGUUAUAAAAGCCAACACAAGCUUUCAAAUUGGAUUAUCGAUUGAUAUUUGAGGAUUCAUUCCUUUUCAUUUCAUUUCAUGUUUGGAGAAAAAUAACUUCAAUUUUCAGCUGUAAUAAACAAUUCUGAUGUGACUCGUGGUUGGAAUUGGAUUUGUUAACAUGCCAUUCGUCAAAUUUACUUGCAGCUUAUUUUCUGGUUUGUCAGUAUUUUACUGUCCGUUCAUUCCCGGUACCACAACUCACUCUAGUGUUGUACUAAGAGAUUUGGGGAAUAUCAGCGGGUUGGAGUUAAUGAUGGUGCAGAGAAAUUGGUAACAUGUAUUGACUCAAAAGAAGGCAACUGUAAGUGUGAAUGCUCAGAUUCCAGUGCUGUUAUGUUUUACAUUGUGUAUUUUAAUUGUAAAUAAAUCUGACCUGUAUUUUCA